AUGGCGGAGAGCAUUCCGAUGAAGGUGCUCUUCGAUGCGCUGCACCUGAAGGUCUCCAUAGAAGUCGCUACCGGGGAGGUGUACCACGGCAUCGUAGAGGAGUUGCAGAACAACAUGAAUGUGCUACUUAAAAAUGCCACCAAGACUACACGGGGCGGUAAAGAGACCAAAAUGGACUCCGUCUUUGUACGAGGCUCGAACAUCGUCUUCUUCCAGUUGCCGGAUGCGCUGCAGACCAGUCCUGCGUUGCUCCGUGCUGGCGAAAUCGUGUCCAAGGCAAAAGACACACGUGGCGAUGGCAAGGGGUUUGGUGCGUCACGCAAGCGUGCUCGCAACUCGUAG